CAUGGGGCAUUGUCGGAAGUGGCUGCUGCUGCUGCGGCUCCCGGGGUUCCGAGCCUGCAGUCUACACACAGCAGCUGUGCCCACCCCUCCGUCCUGGCUCAUAGAGAGGCUCGGCCUGUUUGAGGAGCUAUGGACUGCCCAGGUGAAGAAGCUAGCAGGCCUGGCGCAGAAGGAAUCCCGGACAAUAAAAAUAUCCCUUCCCGGAGGGCAGAGAGUGGAUGCUGUGGCCUGGAGCACGACCCCUUACCAGCUGGCCUGGCGGAUCAGUCCCACGCUGGCCGACUCCGCAGUGGCCGCCCAAGUGAAUGGAGAACUUUAUGAUCUGGAGCGGCCCUUGGAGACGGAUUCUGACCUCACAUUCCUAACGUUCGAUUCCCCAGAGGGGAAAGCCGUGUUCUGGCACUCUAGCGCCCAUGUCCUAGGAGCAGCUGCAGAACAGUUCCUAGGUGCUGUUCUGUGCCGAGGCCCAAGUACCGAACAUGGCUUUUACCAUGAUUUCUUCCUGGGGAAGGAGCGGACAGUCCAGGGCUCCGAGCUGCCUGGUCUGGAGCGGGUCUGCCAGAAGCUGGCAGCCACUGCUCAGCCCUUUCGCAGGCUGGAGGCUUCUCGGGAUCAGCUUCGUCAGCUCUUCAAGGAUAACCCCUUCAAGCUGCAGCUGAUUGAGGAGAAAGUAGCAGGUCCAACAGCAACAGUGUAUGGGUGCGGCACGUUGGUGGAUCUCUGCCGGGGCCCGCACCUCCGGCACACCGGGCAGAUCUCAGCGCUCAGGCUGUUCGCGAAUUCGUCCUCCAUGUGGAGGUCUUCCGGGAAGCCAGAGAUGCUGCAGCGGGUCUUGGGUAUCUCCUUCCCCACAGCAGAGCUGCUGAGGGCCUGGGAAGCAUGGAGGGAGCAAGCUGAGCUGCGGGACCACCGGCGCAUCGGGAAGGAACAGGAGCUCUUCUUCUUCCACGAACUCAGCCCUGGGAGCUGCUUCUUCCUGCCACGAGGGACAAGGGUGUAUAAUGCACUGGUGACUUUGAUCAGGGCUGAGUACACACGCCGUGGAUUCUCGGAGGUGAAAACGCCCAUGCUGUUUUCUACUAAGCUCUGGGAAAAGUCAGGGCACUGGGAGCAUUAUAAGGAAGACAUGUUUACCUUGCAACCAUCAGAUUCAGAUGGGUCCGCGUGCUCCCAGAGUGAGCACCCUGCCAGGCUUCCCACAGACACCCUUGCCCUCAAGCCCAUGAACUGCCCUGCACACUGCCUAAUGUUCGCCCACCGGCCCAGAUCCUGGAGGGAGUUGCCCCUGCGCCUGGCGGACUUUGGGGCCCUGCACCGGGCUGAGGCCUCUGGUGCUGUGGGGGGACUGACCCGGCUACGGUGCUUCCAGCAGGAUGACGCUCACAUCUUCUGUACGCUGGACCAGCUGGAAGCAGAGAUCCGCGGCUGUCUAGAUUUCCUCCGCUCUGUCUAUUCCAUCCUGGGCUUCUCCUUCCGCCUGGCACUGUCCACUCGACCGUCUGGCUUCCUGGGGGAGCCUCGUCUUUGGGACCAAGCUGAGCAGCUCCUUCAGCAGGCCCUAGAGGAGUUUGGGGAACCCUGGGAGCUCAACCCCGGAGACGGUGCCUUCUAUGGGCCCAAGAUCGAUGUACACCUCCAAGAUGCCCUGCGUCGACCUCAUCAGUGUGGGACAAUCCAGCUUGACUUCCAGCUGCCCCUGAGAUUUGACCUCCAGUAUAAGGGGCAGGCAGGCACCCUGGAGCGUCCGGUCCUCAUUCACCGAGCAGUGCUCGGUUCUGUGGAAAGGUUGCUGGGAGUGCUGGCAGAGAGCUGUGGGGGGAAAUGGCCGCUGUGGCUGUCUCCAUGCCAGGUGGUAGUCAUCCCUGUGGGGCCUGAGCAGGAGGGAUAUGCCAGGGAGGUACAACAGACCCUGCAGGCUGCAGGACUGGCUAGUGACCUGGACGCGGACCCCAGCCUCACCCUGAGCCGGAGAGUCCGGCGGGCCCAGCUGGCCCACUACAAUUUCCAGUUUGUGGUUGGCCGGAAAGAGCAGAGCAGCAGGACAGUGAGCGUCCGGACACGAGAUAACCAGCAGCUUGGUGAGCGAGAUCUGAGGGACGCCACGCGGCGGCUGCUGGAGCUGCAGGACGCCAGGGUCCCCAACGCUGAGGAGCUCUUCUGAGCCUGAGGACAGCAAGGAGACAGAGAUCUAUGAGUGCUGGCAGCCUGGCCGAGCCAGGAGUGCCUGGGUGGAGACCUGUGAGGGCCAGCAGUCUUGCCGUGAGGGUGCACCCACCCUGGGGUCCUUGGAACUGCACAUGGGUGCUCUCAGAAACAGAGACUUGAUUUGGGGACCCCGCAGCAGAGGAAAAGCUAUUAUUUGAAUGUGAAGAGAAUGAGAUUUUAAAAAUAAAUUGGAAAC